CGGCACAGUCCCGCCUUCAACAGUCCCCGUCGUCAACACCGCUUGCCAUCGACACAGUCCUGCCAGCGCCGUUGCCCCCGAUGGUCGAGUCAGCUAACCAGAGAAGAAAGGCCCUCAGCCCCAAGCCUGUCUUUGACGAGGCCACCCUCCUCCAGGCGUUCGAGGAGCGCAACAUCAACAGCAAGCACGCACACAAGAUCUGGCGGUACUUUCUCCAACGAGGUGCUGCCAACUACGAUGACGUUCCCGAGCUUCCAAAGUCCGCCAAGGAGCUGCUCGAGGCCGAGUUUGCGAUCAUGACCUCCAAAGUCGUCAAGCGAACAGAUGCAGCCGAUGGCUCCACGACCAAGCUGUUGGUCGAGCUGCAGGAUGGACAGCGGAUCGAAUCGGUCAUCAUGCGCUAUGGCGAUGUAGUUCUGGACUCGUUCCCCGAGGAGGAAAAGAAAAAACAGGUCAAGGAUAAUGACGGCCGAGUGCAGUUCAAGAGCAACAAGCGAGCCACGCUCUGUGUUUCUAGCCAAGUUGGAUGCUCGAUGGGAUGCACUUUCUGUGCGACCGGCACCAUGGGCUUGAUGUCUAACCUGACAUCCGGCGAGAUCCUGGAGCAGCUUAUCCACGCCAACAAGGCCCUCUCUGACGAUCGCAAACAGAAGGGCGAAGGCUCGGGGCCAGAUUACAUUCGGAACAUUGUGUUCAUGGGCAUGGGCGAACCCUUGGACAACUACGACUCGGUCAUCUCGGCCAUCAAGGGCAUGGUCGAUGUUGGCAGAUUUGGUCUCUCGCCGCAACGCAUCUCGGUUUCAACCGUGGGCGUGGUCCCGAGAAUGGUUUCGCUCAUCAAGGACGCCCCGGAUGUGGGUCUGGCACUGUCGCUUCAUGGUCCCACGCAGGAACUGCGUGCGCAGAUUGUCCCGACGGCCAAAUCAUGGCAUAUCGAAAAGAUCAUGGAGGCCGCCGAGGCUUUUGUCGCUCAGCAGAACGCCCGUGCGCCGACGAACAACCGACGACGAAAGGUCCUGAUCGAAUACGUCAUCAUCCGAGAUGUCAACAGCUCGCCCGAGGUCGCCCACCAGCUGGGCCGUCUGCUGCAAAACAAGGACAUGCUGCUGAACGUUAUCCCGUACAACCCAACAACAGUUCCGUUCGACUACAAGCCACCCACGCCAGAGGAGCUGCGGACGUUCCUGACGAUCCUCCGGGAGGAGUAUGAUGUCCACACACUGAUGCGACAGGAGAUGGGUCAGGACAUCAACAGUGCCUGCGGCCAACUUGUGAUUGACAGCACGAUCAAGAAGCCCGUCUGCGACAGCGAGAAUGGUGGCGUCGUCGAUAUGGAGGAUCUUGUUGUCAGCAAUGGCUCCACUGCGACCAAGAAGACCGUCAAGAAAACUACCCGCAGAGUCGUCAAGACUGGAAAUGGCCCCGUCAAAGACGACACUCCUCGGUAUCAGCACUGGAUCUCUGUGGGACUGGCCGUCGCCGCUGUUGCAUUGGCCCUGCACUUUGGCUGGAAGUACUCGGCCAGGCGCUAGUUGUAUGCUAUCCAGGCAAUACACUUUGCGCAAAGAACGGGACACCGCAGCAGCUUCCGUGAACAUGUAGUAUGUGAUGAGCUUGCAAUUGAACAGAUCACCUCCGAGUGAAGACCGUGGGUCGCUCUCCGGUCUCCACAAUCGACCUGCACACUGGUCCUGGAGUGCCAUUGGUGAAUGGUGCUCUUGGACACACUGAAUAUGGAGGCAGCAUUUCUUAUGCUAUGGAUGAGGGCGAAGCACCACAUCACAGAAUGAUUAUGGUCAGUACGCGAUGGUAUUUGGAAACAAAAUAU